UUAGUUAUUUUGUAACAACUUUUUUUACCAGUAAUGUUGCUAUUACUGCGGCCCCUCUGGUUUUUUGCAACAGGGGCUUUUUGAGGGGUAAUAGUGUAUGUUAAUUCGGGGCCGAGCAGUAGACCAGAAUUUGAAAUGUGAUAUAAGGAAAUGAAAAAGAAAGUGACGAUCAAGAAGAGCUUACUGUAUCUUUCUUCUUGUAGCUGCCCAAACUGUCAAAAACAGUUAAAACCAAGAAUUAUGUCGUAUAUUUUUACCAUCUUGUAAUUUGUUGAACAGCUAUGUCUAUGGCAGAAAGAAUGAUUCCCCUAAAGGUUGUUAUCAUUGGUGCUAGUGGAGUUGGUAAAAGUUGUAUUAUGACAAAGUUUUGCAAUGGCACUCUUGCUAAUGGUUCAACAGUAGGUUGUGACUUCAGAACAAAAACUAUGGAUCACAAAGGUUUUAAAUACAGGUUGCAAAUUUGGGAUACUGCAGGAAAUGAACGGUAUUGGACUUUGAAUACAUCAUAUUUUCGUGGGGCAGACAUGAUGAUCAUAGUUUAUGAUGUUGGUAAAGGCAGUUCUUUUGAUUUAAUUGAUACAUUUAUUUCUCAAAUUAAAAAGUACCAUAAAGAAGAUGUACCAUAUGCAAUUGUAGCAAAUAAAGCUGAUUUAGAAUGCUGGGAAGUUGAAGAAAAUCCGAAAGAUGCAACAAAAGGUCUAUUUUUUCUCAAAACAUCAUGCAAAACUAAUUUAAACAUCAACGAAUUAUUUCAAAGAGUUGUUGAAUGUUGUCAUGAUGCAAAGCAAGAACAGAUAAAACAGAAUGGUUAUGAUUCUGGCAUUCUAUCUAUCUCUGAAUGUGAUACACAACGCACUUCUAAGGAAAAUGUUGUGACAUUUGAGGGCAUUAUAAGGAAUCCAUGUUUAACCAACGUUCCAUAUGACUUAUCUAUUUCAGUUUGCGAAGCAUUAAUAAACUGCAGAAAGUCUGGCUUUCUAUCGAUGAAAAACAUUUUUAUGUAUUAUCGUUAUUUUUUUGUGAUGCGAGAAGAUAUGUUAUAUUGGUUUAGCAACAAUAAAAAUGCAACUUGUAUUGGUCAAUUGGAUUUGAAUGGGUGUGUAUCUGUCACACAUACAUGUCAAUAUAUUACCAUAAAGUAUUAUAGUGAACCAGGCAAAAGUAUCAGUAGUAUAUGUUUAUAUGCAUACAACAAACAAGAAUUCGAAGAAUGGUUAAAUUUGUUACAAAGUCAGAGUAGAGCUAAUGAAAACCUGAAAAACGAAAAAAACCCAGAUAUGAUUCCUUUGGAUAUUAUUGGAAAACUUCAGUUUCGAAAUGACGAAGAAAUAAAUGUGACUAUUUCAAAGCAAUCAGAUGAAGAAUGUGUGUUACAAUGCAUACCAAAAUGGUUUUUGGGUUUCUUAUUUGAUUAUUCCGCUUCAUUCCAAUUUCCACUAAAGAGUUUCAGGUAUUAUAAAGACAUGAAAUCAAGUGGAGAAUUUUUAUUGACUAGUACUGACGUUUACAUGAAGCUUUGGUUUAGACCAAAAUAUGAAAGGUUAUUUGUUUCAAAGCUAAAGUCUAUAUUUGGUAAAAAUUCAUUUGGUGGAAUGGUGACAACAUCUGUUUUAAAUGAAACAUUUAAAAUGAUCUACAAAAUUGCUUGCUUGCAGUUAAAUGUUGCUGCAGUCAGUGAGGUCAUCUAUAUCAUCGAUGAACAUAUCAAGGACAACAGAGAAAUACAUGACCUAUAUUUGCGUGGGUGUCCAAUUAUUCCACAAGACAUCUAUGCCAUUACUCAUGCUUUAUCAUUCUAUCCUGGCAUAACUUCAAUAAAUUUAAGAAAUACACACAUGACCAGUAAAGGUCUUGUGUACUUAUUAAAAGCACUUUGCAAGUACGAGUCAUUACUCAAUUUGGAUUUUGGAUUUAAUGAGCCUAUUGAUUCCCCUGAAACAAGAUCUGCAUUACAAGAGUAUCUUCCAAUUGCAAGUUUAGAAAGCAUAAAGUUUAUGAAUACAGAUGUUGGAAAUGAAACAUUUGAUGUAUUUUUUCAAGCUCUAAAGACUCACGAAACGCUUACUCAUGUUGAUAUUGGCUUUAAUUCUGUUGACGAUGUAAAUAGUGAUGCUAUUUCUCAAGUUAUUAUUCACAACACAAAGUUGGAAAAUCUAUCCAUGUGGCAUAGUCAUAUCACUGAGCACGGUGCCAUGGUAUUGAUAAAUGCCCUGAAACAACGAUCAGUAAAUUCACCAGAUUUGUGUCUAGGGCUGUAUGGUUCGCAAUAUAUAUCUGAAGAAACAUUAAAACAUUUGGACGAAUGUACAAGGUUUAAUUGUAAAUCUGAAGUAGAGAAGGAAGUAAAGAUGGCAAAAACAGAGGGGCAAAGUCUUCCAAAAACACUGUCUGAGUUUAUACUUGAAGGAGAUGAAAUGCAUCAACAAAACCUCAAAGAAAACGAAGUUGUAAAAGUAAAAUUGAAAGAAAAAAAUCAAAACGAAGAAAAAAUUGAACAGAAAAGAUAUGUUGGGCUGGCAUGUGGAAGUGAUAGGGCUAAAUCCAAUAUUAAAAACAACUACUUCUCUCCGCUUGAUGAUCCAGAAAAAAUGGUGGCAUAUGUGUUGGACCAAAAGUUUAUUGGCGAAAGAGAAAAUGGGUCAUACUUUUCAGAGACACUGCUGGACAAUUAUGGUAAAGCGAAAGAAUUAUGGGCUUCAUGUAAUAGGUGCGAUCAUCCUGUGCUGGACGUGGUAGCAUAUUAUUGUAAUAAUAAAACACACAAGAACUUACUGGCUGAUGUAAACACAGCUUUAAAAGAAUGUCGAUUUUUUGGACUUGUGAUUGAUGAAGAAGAAAUUCAUCCAGUUCAAGAAGUUGAGGACUCCAUUGAUCUUCCGAAAUUUAAUGAGAAAAAACGACAGAUAUUUUCAAUAAUAUCAAAUCAAAUUGGUUUCGAAGCAAGGUAUUUGUCUCAUUUCCUAUUGGACUUUGAUGACGUUCUCACUAUAUCAGUUGCUAAUGAGGGAAAUGUGACGGCAUACACUAGUGACGUUCUGGCAAGGUGGUAUAUAAAAACGAAAAAAGAACUGCGAACUUGGAAAAACUUGCGAAGUGUUCUAAAGUUCUUGGGUAAAGGUAAACUGAUUGAAGAUAUUGAAUUAGAUUUUAAGGACUGAACCUAAUUAUUUUAAGUGUUUAUUCUAUGAUUUCUUUUCUUUUAAAAAUUAUUACUCAGACAUCUAACAAAAUUGACUUUGGAGUCUUUUUAAUUAUCUUUAUUUUUUAUGUGGGUAAAACUAUAUUUGUGUGGCCUAAAAUGGUCCACACUUAAAGAACUCUUUUAUGCUAAGUCAGUAUUUAUUUUGAUUAAUUAUUUUUUUAAAAGAUUUAUGUCCACACUCUUUGCAUUUAUUUCUUAGGUGUGUAUUUAAAAUUUUGUACAUAUAACAUUUUAGUCGCACAUAUUUUAUAAGCUUGUAAAUAUGCUCACUUCUAAUUGUGUAUUAUAGAUAUUUUUUAUGAAAUUUAUAGAAUUAUAAAUAACACCAUGUUAUAAAUAUUCCAGCAGUGAAUAGUUUUGAAUUUUAAUCGUUGUAAAAAUAGUAUGUUUUAGUCCAAGAACAAAUAUUGU